GGGUCUUAAAAUGAAAAUGUGAUUUACUCUUUAUUAUUUCACUCAACAUUUGGCUCCGUUCAUAGUUUAACAUGGCAGCGGCGCGGCAGGUGGUGUUGCGGUUGCGCGUCGUUUCGCUGCCGGUGCUCUCAAACGCCGUCAUUACAUCCUCAUCUUCCAGCUGUAACACCGAAAUUUCACCAUUGAGUACCAAAUGUUUGAGGUUUAGUUCAUCAUCAUCACCUUCUUCAAAAACAACAUUACUAGGAUGGAACAAAACAGUGACCAAAUUGCCCCACAUUGUAAAAGCCGGAGAACCAGUUCUUCACGAGCCUGCACGCCAGGUUGAUCCAAAUGAGAUUAAAUCAGAGAAGAUUCAGAAUAUAAUCGAUGACAUGAUUCAUGUCAUGAGAAAAGCCCCUGGAGUUGGUCUUGCUGCCCCACAAAUUGGUAUCCCCUUAAGGAUAAUUGUGUUGGAAGAUAAAGAAGAAUAUAUUAGUUACAACACCGAGGAGGAGACCAAAUCACAAGAUAGAAGGCCUUUUGAUCUUUUGGUGGUUCUCAAUCCCAAGCUAAAGAACAAGACCAACAAGACUGCCUUCUUUUUUGAAGGCUGCUUGAGUGUUGAUCGAUAUCAAGCUUUGGUAGAGCGUUAUCUUGAUGUUGAGGUUGCAGGUUUUGAUCGUCAUGGCGAGCCAAUCAAAAUAAAGGCUUCAGGAUGGCAGGCUAGGAUUUUACAGCAUGAGUGUGAUCACUUGGAUGGAACACUAUAUGUUGAUAAGAUGGUACCAAAAACUUUCAGAAAUUGGAAAAACGUGGAUCUGCCUCUUGCCCAUGGGUGCCCCAAACUCGGCCCCCGAUCUUAAAAGUGGAGGUGAUUUGAUUCAAAACAAGUUUCAUGUACACAACAUUAGUGAAAAGUUGACAUUUGUAGACCUUAGUAAAUUUUCUCAAAUUUUUAGUAUUAUACUGUUGCAAUCUGCUAUA